CUGGCGAGGGACCGGCCGGCUGCCCUCGCCCUCCGACAGCCGCGGCGGGGAGGAAAAUGGCGGAGGCCUCGGCGGCCGGGGCGGACGCGGGCGCCGCUGUGGCCGCGCACCGGUUUUUCUGCCACUUUUGCAAAGGCGAGGUCAGCCCCAAACUGCCGGAAUAUAUGUGUCCCAGAUGUGAAUCAGGCUUUAUUGAAGAAGUGACAGAUGAUUCCAGUUUUUUAGGUGGUGGCAGCAGCCGGAUAGACAGUAGCACAUCAACUCGUUUUGCAGAGCUCUGGGACCAUUUGGAUCACACGAUGUUUUUCCAAGAUUUUAGACCAUUUCUAAGUAGCAAUCCACUGGACCAAGAUACUAGAGCCAAUGAAAGGAGUCACCAGACUCCCACUGACUUCUGGGGACCAAGUAGGCCUCCAAGGCUGCCCGUUACCCGGAGAUACAGGUCUCGAGGAAGUACUCGUCCUGGCAGGUCUCCAGCUAUUGAGGGAAUAAUGCAACAGAUCUUUGCAGGAUUCCUUGCAAAUUCUGCAAUUCCAGGAUCCCCACACCCUUUUUCUUGGAGCGGGAUGCUGCACUCCAACCCUGGGGACUAUGCCUGGGGUCAGACAGGGCUUGAUACCAUUGUAACCCAGCUUUUAGGACAGCUGGAAAACACAGGGCCUCCCCCAGCUGACAAGGAAAAAAUCACCUCUCUUCCAACAGUGAGCGUAACUCCGGAACAAGUUGAUAUGGGUUUAGAAUGUCCAGUUUGCAAAGAAGAUUACACAGUUGAAGAGGAAGUCCGGCAGCUACCCUGCAAUCACUUCUUUCACAGCAGCUGUAUUGUGCCAUGGUUAGAACUGCAUGACACAUGUCCUGUAUGUAGGAAGAGUUUAAAUGGUGAGGAUUCUACGCGGCAAACCCAGAGCUCUGAGGCCUCUGCAAGCAACAGAUUUAGCAAUGACAGCCAGCUACAUGAUCGAUGGACUUUCUGAAACUAAAGGUCACACCUGAACCAGGGCUGUCUGUGGUAGUCUUCUUAAAACAUAGCUAUAGAUUCUAUCAAAACAAAAAAUAGUAGAUGGAUUUAGGAAUCACAUAAGAAACCCCAACCCAUAAUAUUAACGCAAUGAGUGUUUUUCUUCUCUAAAUUUAAAGUUAGUACCUACCGAUUGAAUUGUAUCACAACCAAAUGCCUCUUACUCCUGAAUUCAGAGUGAUAAUUUUUUAAGUGUGAAACUUAACUAUGUGGGUUUGCCCCUGCCUGAAGAGAGUCAGUUCCUUGAAGUCUAGCGAGGGUCCUGCUGUCUGUCAUGUCUCCUUGGGAUGGAUGUUCCCACCUCCUCCUUCAGCCUCCUUCUACCCCAUCGUUAGUAUAUUUUACAGUGAACACAGAGGAACCAGAGCCCUCAAGUCCUGCUGACGUCAGGUCCUGUUGUCUUUAUUGUACAGAAGCAUCUACUUUUGACCACAUUAGCAAUAAGGUGAUGUCAGAUUGAUUCAGGAAUUUGAGACUAAGGAUCUUGUUUUGUUUUAAUCCUCAGAGCACAAAUCAAAGAAAAAUUACAGUGGAAAGGAAAAGGUAACCUGUCGUAGACUUUAGUUUUUUAAUUCUUGAGAGUCUUGUGCUGUUGGGAAUCUGAUUCUGGUUCCUUUCUGGGAAUGAGUUGGGCAGCAAGUAGCGUCAGAAAGACAGAUGUUUAAAAUCUUAAGUUCUGUGAUUUUUUUUUUUUUUUAUGAUCCUUAACUCAUUGUUUACUGUUUGUCUUAAGAACCUUAAUAUAAUUUCUCUCAUAGAAAUAUAAUUAUUUCAUACUGCU